CGCCUUCAGAGGCGAAUCGGGCGGCUGGAUCUGUGCAAUCUCGUGCAACGCCGCCACGUGCGAUCUCAGAUCCACAUCUCGCGCGAGCUGACGCGUCCCUCCCCUUGCUCGAUAUAUAAGUCUCCCCUCGGGGGCCACCGCCCCCUCCUACCUCUGUACACGCCCACCGCACACAUCCCUCCCUCCCACGUACUUCUAUCCCCCCUCACACGACCUCCAGCCACCAUGCCCGCCAAGAAGCGCUGCCAGCUCCAGUCUGAGCCCCGUUGCAACCAGGCCGUUCUGCGCCUCGUAGGCCAAUGCCCGCACUGUCGUCUUGAGUUCUGCAGCACACACCGCAUGCCGGAGCACCAUGAGUGCCAGAACCUUGAGAGUUGUCGACAGCAAGCAUUCGAGAAGAACAAGGCGAAGCUGGAGAGCGAACGGACCGUAGCGUCCAAGAUGGCGAUGGCAUGACCUGUCCUCCCACUCCCCAUGCCCACGCCGCCCCCUCCGCCCUUGUCUCCGCGCAGCCACCACACAGGGUUGUUGGGCCCGCAGGCCAGGCCACCGCCACUCGCAUCAUCUCCACCUUCGUCUCAUGUUCAUGACUCUGUAUAUCGGCGCUAUCACGACAUUCACGGACGCACUCUAUACCACAUAAUAUUCUCCCCCCUUCCAUAACUCCCGAUGUGCCUCCCCCCUUCCCACUUCCCCAGUCGCAUACAGGCUACAUCGGUGUAUAUCGUGUUCUCAUAUCUCUCGCC